UAUCAACAUUAUUAAACUUUUACAUUUCCCUUAUGUCUUUUAAAAUAGAAAAGGAAUAAAACAUUUACAUAUGGAAUAAUAUAAUUUUGGGCAACUUAAGAGUUUAAGUUUCUAAGGAUUAUAUUUUUAUGUUUCGUAUAGUGCAUUUCUUAUAGACAUAGCCAGAUGGCAUACAUAAUAACUUAACAUUCGAAUGAUUUUUAAGUUGACUUGUUUAUUUAAUUAAGUGAUUAGAACAUAUAAACCAAUUGCUUUGUGGUGUUUCUUUAGGUCAGCAAUCAAGUUCAUAAUGACCUUACAAAUUAUCUAAUGUGACUUUCUUGUUCUGUGAUGAGGAAUAGUUUUCUUGAAACCACAAUUCGGUAUUUUUGUCUUAUUUUCAUGAAAUAGAGGAUGCAAAUGAAAAUAAGAUGCAGAUUUUCUUUGUUGUUCCCAAAUGGAUGUCAUAAUCUAAUGCUGAAGAUGAUUUAUGGCUAAUGUAUCCCAAAUUUUGUUUCCUACAGGCUUUAUUUGAUGUAGAUACAUUGAUCAGGUUGGGAAGACUAGCACUGUCUGAGUUUUAGUUACUUGUAAUAUGAAGUUUUUCUCAAAUCUUUAGACUUUUAGAACUUUCAUUCAUUGCUUUAAAGAACAUAUUUUCUAAAAGUGUAGUGCUUUGGUUUAACACAUUGUGUUAAAUUCCAUUUGGAAUUGUAGUUGCAGAUAGGAAUGACUUGUACUUGUGAGAAGUGAUUCGAAGUCUGUCUUCACUAGCCAAGGACAGAAAUAUGGAGAACUGCAUUUAGGAGCAUGACACCCCUGGAUGUUAUUAAGAUUCGACUCCAAGCCCAGAACAAUCCAUUCCCCAAAGGAAAGUGUUUUGUGUACAGUAAUGGACUCAUGGAUCACAUGUGUGUCUGUGAAGAUGGAAGCAAGAAAGCAUGGUAUAAGAAGCCAGGAAACUUCCAGGGAACGUUGGAUGCCUUUUUAAAAAUUCUUCGAAAUGAGGGUAUUAAAUCCCUUUGGAGUGGCCUGCCUCCUACUCUAGUGAUGGCAAUUCCUGCCACAGUUAUUUAUUUUACCUGCUAUGAACAAUUAAGUGCUUUUUUGAGAGCUAAAUUAGGAGAAAAUGAAACCCGAAUACCAAUAGUUGCUGGGAUUGUUGCCAGAUUUGGUGCAGUAACAGUGAUAAGUCCAUUAGAACUGAUCAGAACUAAGAUGCAGUCUAAGAAGUUUUCUUAUAAGGAACUACAUGGAUUUGUGAGCAGGAAAGUGUCUGAAGAAGGUUGGAUUUCCCUCUGGAAGGGCUGGGCUCCAACUAUACUUAGAGACGUGCCUUUCUCAGCAAUGUACUGGUAUAACUAUGAGAUUUUAAAGAACUGGUUGUGUGAGAAAUCUGGUUUAUAUGAACCGACAUUUAUGAUCAACUUUACUUCAGGGGCAUUGUCUGGUUCUUUUGCAGCUGUUGCAACUUUACCGUUUGACGUGGUGAAAACACAGAAACAGACACAGCUUUGGACGUACGAGAGUGGUAAAGUUCCUGUGCCUUUGCGUUUGUCAACCUGGGCUAUAAUGAAGAACAUUAUUGCUGAAAAUGGAUUUUCCGGGUUGUUUACAGGUCUAAUUCCUCGAUUAGUUAAAAUUGCUCCUGCUUGUGCCAUUAUGAUCAGCACAUAUGAACUUGGAAAGGCUUUUUUCCAGAAACAAAAUAUUGAAAGGAAGUCAUUCUCUUGAUGGACUUUUGUCUUAAAAUAUCAACCAGAGCCAGUAAGAUGAAGAUUGAUAAGCAAGCUGCUUUUUUUUCAACAUUAGUCUCUUACAGUGUGACUUUAUCUGUCUUCCCUAUAAUUUAAAUGAAUAAUAAUUUCUAAUCUACCUCUAAGCCAUAAACUUGUUUAAAUUUUUUGAGAUUUUUAAAACAUAAUCCAGAAGCUGCAGCCGUUUUGUACUAUUGCAGAGAAAAUUACUCCUUAGGAGAGAAAGAAGUUAUCUGAGUUCUUAUAGCAUUACACAUUUCAGUACGUGAAUGCUGCGAAUGUGGCGGUACAUCAGAACAUUUGGAUGUGUAUUGAGUGAUGCGGUCUGGAGAAUUAAGUUCAGUCUUGCACAGUAGAGAGUAGAAGGAGCUGUCAGAUGGCAGUGUUCACAUUCCCCGACAGUGGCUGGUAACCCCUUCAUUCAGGCGCAUUGUGUCCCGCACUCCUGGUACUGCUGUAAGGUCUCGUGUAGCUUGGACUCCCCUGAUGAAAGCUGUAGCUACCCUGUCUGUAUGAACCGAAGUGUGAUCAUUUACAGGGUGUGGCUUGACAUGUUAAGACUAAUUCACUCAAAUUUGGAUCUGCAGUAGAAAUCUAUGCUGUACUUAGACUAGUGAAAAUAAAUAGUGUUGGGCAUGGGAAUGUGCUUUUUACCUAGCUUGUCUUCCAAGUAUCAUUGCUUGUAGAGUUUCUUAGGUCAGUUCUACAACUUUUUCCAGUAAAAUCAACAUACCAAAAGGCCAAAAUAUAAAAUGAUCCAAAAAUGUCAACUUUUUUAUGUGAUGUCCUCAAAUAAUGCUUCUACAAGUAGAAAAUCCUGCACCUUCCCUUGGGUGACAGCAUGCAGAAUAUAGGCACACAGAAACAUUACAUAAAUUGCCUUCAGGCUGUUUGUAUAAAUUGUACAUGACAAAUAUGAAUAUUUAUCACUAAGUAGUAAUGAGAUUUUUGAAAAUUAGAUUUGUUUUUUGUGUAUAUCUAUGUAUAUAUGAAGGUCAGAGGAAAACUUUCAGGAGUUAGCUUUUACCUCCCACCAUGUGAGUCUUGGGAUUUGAACCAAGGUCCUCAGGCUUAGCAGCAAGUGCCUUUACCCACUGAACCAUCUUAAUGGCCCAGGAAUGAGAUUUUUUAAGUAUGAUUGAAAUGUAGCUCAGGGGUAGAAGAACACUUGCCUUUGGAAUGUGAAACUCUUCUGUUUGAUCUCCAGCACAGAUGAUAAGUAAUUUAAGUAAAUAAAUAAGAUGGCAAAGCACGAAAUGCUAUUCUGUAAAGCAAAAAGCACGUUAUUACAUUCUGUUUGCAUCCUUUGAAAUAUGAAGUAUCUCCUCCCUGCUCCAACAGCAUAAUGUAUUUGGUAACAGUGAUCUCUAGUGUUGUUAGGAGAACAAAUGCAUAGUAGAAAGUGUUUGUAUGUUUCAUAAGAAAUAAAUGAUACAGGGUUUAUUGUAUCAUGGUGUUUUACAUUACAAUCCUGUGUUGCUUUACAUUAAAAGUUUAAUAUAUCCAUAUAUAUAUAUAUAUAUAUAUAUA